GGGAAAUGCUGGAAUGGCGAGAUACAUUAGCGCGCUCGCUGGUCCGGUGUCUUACCAAGUGCUUCCCGUGCAAUGCCGUGGGAGGGACAGGACAGACUAUGGUCAGCUCGCACUGGGGGCCAAGGUUAACUAUCUCCUGAUGGAAAACGGGUUGGCGUUGACGGCUAGAGUAGGGGACCGGAGGUCGGAGGAGGCGCCCGUUUAUGCUAACCAAACACAAACCCUUCAUCAGUCGCUUUCAUUACUCAUCCGCAAGACCAAAUAACCUUACAAGUAAACAGUUGGGACCAGGUCAGCGACUGCAAACGUUUUGAGAUGUUUCUUUACAGCCCUCUUUAGGACUCGCACGUGCGCCGGGGUGCCCAACGGGUGCACCCGGAUCAUCUGUGCGUAACCGGACAGCCUGUAGGAUCUGCAGAUAUGGCAGUGCGCACUUGCCUGAGAAGAUAGUACCAAUCCAGAUAUCCUGACCGAGGUUAAAUAGCCACAGCGCAUAUUUUGAAAUAUGUUACACACUGUAGAGAAAUAGAAAUAAUGAAAUGCCCCUCCUGGGAACUAUCUGAUUUAUCAGUGCUUCCUGAGAAUAUUCAUCACUGACGACCUUAGCACAAACGCAACUUUGAGCUCAGACUAUAUUUUCCCUUGUUGACUGGCUGCCUUGACUCCGUAGAUUCUAGUGAAUUAAAGUAGGCUACUCACUUACUUUCUCUUACUUACAAGAAGUGAGAUUGUGCAAGGACAGCCCCUAUCAUACCCCCUCCCAUCCCGUAUCCAAAAAGACUCGAAAGCAUGGCUUUGCACAUGUCAUAAAAAGAGCGCAAUUGAAUGAACGGCACCUCUAGCACAAGAAUGGCUAAAACCAAGUCCCGUUGUCGCUGUCUUCUGUGCUGUGGUCUUUUAUGCAUCGCAGGCAUUGUUGUUGUUUGCUGUUUUUUCCUUCUUCCCUGGAAGCAAUGCUCUAACACCUUCAAGCACGCAGCGGUGGCAGCGGAUUCCAAACGUUGCUCCGAUAUCGGCAGGGACAUGCUGAAGAGGGGGGGUUCUGCGGUGGAUGCAGCCAUCGCUGCGCUGCUCUGCACCUCCCUGGUGAACCCCCAGAGCAUGGGGCUGGGAGGAGGCUCCAUCUUCACCAUCAUGGAUAAAGCCGGGAAAGUCACUGUCAUCAGCUCCAGAGAGACGGUUCCCAAGUCCUCCAAGCCUGACUUACCGAAGAAUUGCAAGGGCAUUUUCCAGCACGGUCCCCAGUGGAUUGGUGUUCCUGGUGAGCUCCGUGGCUACCAAGAAGCUCACAGUCGCUAUGGCAGGUUGCCAUGGGCAGAGCUUUUUCGGCCUUCGAUCCGGAUGGCUCGUGAGGGCUUCCCCUUGCCACCCUACCUGCACGGAUUCCUCCACCACCCCCUCAUGAAGGCGGGCAUAAUUCAAUCCCAACUAUGCGAAGUAUUCUGUCAUAAGAACAGAACUGUGCUGAUGGCUGGCGAGACACUGAGGUACCCGACGCUGGCCGAUACUAUGGAGACUAUUGCUGAAGAGGGUGCUGAGUCUUUCUACUCAGGGACCAUCGCAAAGAAGCUAAUAGAAGACCUCAGCAAGAUGGGGGAACCCCUGAGUCUGGACGAUCUGCAGUCGUUCAGAGUAAAGGUAUCCGAAGCCAAAGCCGUGCCCAUGGGAGACUACACCAUGUACUUCCCACCGCCACCAGCAGGAGGAGCCCUUCUCACCUUUAUUCUCAACAUCAUGAGAGGCUUCCACCUGUCACCAGAUUCAUUGAGGGGGAAUGAAAAAAUCCUGACUUUUCAGCGUUUCAUUGAGGCUUUCAAGUUUGCUAACGGCCAAAAAGGGUCUGUCAGAGACCCUAAGUUCAACAAUGUUGAUGUGUCACACCUGCUGAGAGAGGACUUUGCAGCCGGCAUCAGAGCGAGGAUCAGUAGUAACCGGACCCACGACAUGUCCUACUACAAGGCCAAGCCCUCAUCUGACCGCACGGGUACCACUCACGUGUCUGUCAUCGCAGAGGAUGGGACUGCCGUGUCUGUCACCAGCACAAUCAACCAAAUGUUCGGCUCUUUCAUCUACUCCAGCCAGACGGGCAUCAUCCUCAACAACGAGCUGGCUGACUUCUGUGGAAGAUCAGAGAACAUAAGCGCAGGUGAGCAGCCCCCAUCCUCCAUGGCGCCGGUGAUCCUGCGUUCAGACUCCCUGGAUAAGACCCUGGUGAUCGGGGGCUCCGGAGGAUCCCUCAUCAUCCCAGCCAUGGCCAUGGUGAGUCUGCUCGGGAAAGUCACUGUCAUCAGCUCCAGAGAGACGGUUCCCAAGUCCUCCAAGCCUGACUUACCGAAGAAUUGCAAGGGCAUUUUCCAGCACGGUCCCCAGUGGAUUGGUGUUCCUGGUGAGCUCCGUGGCUACCAAGAAGCUCACAGUCGCUAUGGCAGGUUGCCAUGGGCAGAGCUUUUUCGACCUUCGAUCCGGUUGGCUCGUGAGGGCUUCCCCUUGCCACCCUACCUGCAUGGAUUCCUCCACCACCCCCUCAUGAAGGCGGGCAUAAUUCAAUCCCAACUAUGCGAAGUAUUCUGUCAUAAGAACAGAACUGUGCUGAUGGCUGGCGAGACACUGAGGUACCCGACGCUGGCCGAUACUAUGGAGACUAUUGCUGAAGAGGGUGCUGAGUCUUUCUACUCAGGGACCAUCGCAAAGACGCUAAUAGAAGACCUCAGCAAGAUGGGGGAACCCCUGAGUCUGGACGAUCUGCAGUCGUUCAGAGUAAAGGUAUCCGAAGCCAAAGCCGUGCCCAUGGGAGACUACACCAUGUACUUCCCACCGCCACCAGCAGGAGGAGCCCUUCUCACCUUUAUUCUCAACAUCAUGAGAGGCUUCCACCUGUCACCAGAUUCAUUGAGGGGGAAUGAAAAAAUCCUGACUUUUCAGCGUUUCAUUGAGGCUUUCAAGUUUGCUAACGGCCAAAAAGGGUCUGUCAGAGACCCUAAGUUCAACAAUGUUGAUGUGUCACACCUGCUGAGAGAGGACUUUGCAGCCGGCAUCAGAGCGAGGAUCAGUAGUAACCGGACCCACGACAUGUCCUACUACAAGGCCAAGCCCUCAUCUGACCGCACGGGUACCACUCACGUGUCUGUCAUCGCAGAGGAUGGGACUGCCGUGUCUGUCACCAGCACAAUCAACCAAAUGUUCGGCUCUUUCAUCUACUCCAGCCAGACGGGCAUCAUCCUCAACAACGAGCUGGCUGACUUCUGUGGAAGAUCAGAGAACAUAAGCGCAGGUGAGCAGCCCCCGUCCUCCAUGGCGCCGGUGAUCCUGCGUUCAGACUCCCUGGAUAAGACCCUGGUGAUCGGGGGCUCCGGAGGAUCCCUCAUCAUCCCAGCCAUGGCCAUGUCCAUGGUGAACCACCUGUGGCUGGGUAAGGGACUGAAGGAGGCCAUCAUGAUGCCCAUCGUCUUUGUGAACAGCUCCAACGGGGUCUCCUUCGAGAAGCAUUUCGACCCGGCGGUGAAAGAGACUUUGCUGUCGUACGGACACCAGGACGGGAAAUGGAACUACUGGCUGAAUGUGGUGAAUGCGGUGACAAAGGAGGAGGGCUGUAUCACGGCCGUGUCUGAUGUCAGGAAGAUGGGCGACGCCGCUGGCUACUGACGGACCGGUUGGACCACAUAUCAAUGGAGACCAGCGACUAACAUUACUUUUUUUAAUGUGACAUCAGACAGCUUCGAUUCAAUGCAUUCGAAGCAGGUACACAAGUUGCAUCCGGCGGUAUAGACAUCAACUUACAUGCCAUUGGUUUCUGUGGAAACCAGUAGUUGUUUAUACUAUACCUGCUUUGUUUCAAACCGGAACUUGUAGCACAUCAUUUCGAAAAGGGCUGAUUUGCAGUUGAAAAACAAGAGUAACAGACUAAUCCCCUUGACCUGGAGUAGAGUCGUUGUGAACUACAAAAACAAGUCUCUACGCAUGUGAACUACAAGCCCCAUGAUGCUGUGGGGUUGGUUUUGGUGGCAGCUAUAUAGGGGACGACGGCCUGAUGGGGAACGGCCAAACUUGCACCCCUCAUGAACCUGUAGAGUCACCCAUACGUACAGCAAAAGUGCACAAAGACAUGUGCUUGCACACACACACACACACACACACACACA